AUUCGUUCGUUUGUGAAUUGUUUGUUUGAACUUGUAAAAAAAGUUUUUAUCUUUCCAUGUUACUUGUUAGCUUUAUUUUAACGAUGUUUAAUAUUCGAGCUAUUUAUUAUGUUCAUUGAUUGAUAUUGUGUAAUAGAAACUCUUCGAAUUCGAACAUGACGUCAAGAGUUGACGCUCCUAAAACUAACGAAUUUCUACGACGUCGCAAGUUAAGACUGCAACAGGUUAGGGAACAAUCAAAGGACAUUGCUAGAAAAAUCAGACAACGUGCUAAUGUUGAAACCUUGCGGCAACUAGACAGUGUUGAUGCCAAGAAGGAACAGGAAUACUUGGAUUGCCAGGAGAAAUUAGUAAAACAUUUGGAAUUAUUGUACUCUAAGGGAUUGCAGAAUGUUGGAGUGAGCCACAAAGAAGCAUUAGAGGUCACUGACCAAGAUUGCAUAAAGAAAACAGAUCUCUCUAAAUUACGUGGUAAAGAAGCAACAGAAGUACUGAGAAAAAAAAAACAAGAAAAAUUGGAUGAGCAAAAGAAACUCUUAGAUAGAAAAUUACAAGCAAGGGAAACAGCAAAUGAAAUAAGCAGAGAAAAAUCAGCUGCAGUAUCAAAGAAUUUGACAAAGCAACUGCCAAAAAAAUGUGAAAAUAUUCCAAGUAAACCCAUAAUUCCUACAACUGAUGCAAUUAAUCAGAUUCAAGAUAGCAAACAGGAUAAUAUCAAUGUAGCAAAGAAUGACAUGGGUACACAAUGGGAAUCUGAGGAAAUACCUAAUGAAUGGAUACCAAAUGUGCCCAUACUAUCUUUACCUAAAGAUGAUAGUGUCAAAGAAUCACUUGUCCCAAAUACAGAAAAAUCAGAUAAAAGGUUAAACUUAUUUGCGUUAAGUGACGAAAUGCCAUCCAGCCUACGAGGUGGCUUCACUGGUCACACCGAAGCUCCAGCACCUGCAAAACCUGCUUUGACACUAGUAUCAGAAUACUUGCAAAAUAGAAACCUAAGGUUACGACAUACUGAACCUAGUUCAAGUAAAAAAACAGAUGACUUACAAAGUAUAAAGCAGACAAUUCUACGCACCAGAGCAGCUAGACCAGAUGCUAAUAAAGAUAAAACAUCUGUGUCUACUGAAGCAAACACUGGUCUUAGUAGAAAAAAAUCCGUCACAGUGUAUAACCAUAACACAAGGAACAUACAGGACUUGCCAUGCAGUGAUGAUAAAAUUGUAACCCGCGAUACCAGGGCAGAAGACGAUGCAUAUGCUCAAGCAUUAAAAGAAACCACUAUUGCAAACUCUUUAGAGAAAGAGCAAUUAAGUAAACAGCUAAAGGACAUGAGAACAAAAGUUGCUGUAAAUAAAAAUAAUGUAGAUAAAGAAUACAAGGACACAAUAGCUUUCUUGAACUCCAUUGCUAAACACAGGAGUGAAAAACCGAUAAAAUCGGCGUAUUUGGAUGAACAUCGUCAGGAACAGCAAAAUGAGAGACACCAAAGAAAACUUCAAGAGGAGUUUAAAAAAAUUGAAAGGGAAUGCAAUAAACACAAUUGUAAGCAUGGUAAACGAAAAUCAACACUAGCUGAAAACAAAAGAAACAAAUCAAGGUCACCAAUACAAAGAGAAAUGCGACAGGACUUUGAAUAUUCAUGGAUGCCAGUUCCAGAAAGCGAUGGUAACCUCGCUGUUCACACAAUUCCCAACAAUAAUACCAAAAAUAAAUCUGGAAACACUGUAAAAUUCAGCAAAAAUGAUAGUUAUCAUGAAUAUCGAUCAAGACAUAAGCAUACACCUCCAACUAAAGAUGUUAGCAACGAUAGACAGAACAAAAGAGUUGUGGAAACUGUUAUACUUCAGGAAAGUAUUGAUUCUGAUGUAAAUGAAUCAUCAGUUGUAUCUGAAACAAGCUCUGUUGAAAAUUUAAACCUUGAAAAAGAUAAAAAUAAUGAUGAUCCUAGACUCAAAGAUGCAGAAAGAAUUAUAAUAUACAAGAUUCUAGAAUCUAAAAAAGACAAGAAAAACAAGGAACACAAAAAAUGUAAAACCACAAGAUUUGCAAACACUUCAACAGAUGAGGUAAAAACAAAAGUCUCAGGGUCUACUGUAAAAGAAGACGAUAAAAAGCAGAGGACUAGUGAUAUAGAAAAUUCUGGUGGCGACAUACAAAGAGCUGUGUCCUUUGAACAACUACAAGAAGGUGUCUAUGAAGCUAUGAACUCUGAUGGGGACAACAUAACUUCAAUGUACUUCUCAGAAGGAAAUAAAAGGGCAGAAGUAAAGUCAAACACACCUGGACCAUGUUGUUGUUGCAGUAAGAAUAUAGAUACCAGAUGUGGCGGGUACACCUUAACCAGAUUGAUUCAAGAAGAUUCAAAAUCCAGUUAUUGCAAAUGUGGUUGCAAAAAAAAGAAAGAAAACGUUAACUUGGACCAACCGUCUGCUGCUACAUCUACUACUUCAUUUACAACAGCUUUGAACAAUAAAACUAGUAAUCCAUUACCUGACAGUGGCUUUGUUAAACUAAUUGAAGAAGGUACACAAGACAGUAAUACAUUUUAUGUAGGUGCUUCUGGCUUCUUAAAAGAUGAUAACUAUGAAGUUGUAAUACAGCUCAGAAAGAAGGAUACUGAGAAAGCUAACAGUAUUACUACAAAGCAAUCAGAGUCAGACACAAAACACGUUAAUCCUUCAGAUAUACAGGAAAUUGUGCAAAAUAUAUUAGAUAACGUUCCUUCUAAUAAAAACUUAAAUGAAGGUUCCACGUUACCAUUAAGAGUAGCAACAAAUGUUGACGCAAAUAAAACAUUGCAUGAAUCUGUUAAUGAACAAAUUGUAGAGAAACAGCAUAUGGAGGUAGAAAUGCCUCAAGAGUCGAAUUUAGAUUCUCAGUUUAAAAACGUGUGUGAGAAAGCAGUUCUUACCUCUUUUCAUGAUGAUUUUGCUUAUUCCGCCACUGUAUCUAAAACAGAUUCAGUAUCAAGACCAGGUACUUCUACUUAUACCCAAACUUCGUUCAACUCAUCUGUACCAAGACCAGUCUUUAUGCACCUGAGUUCCACAACAUCUACUGCAUAUAUGAGUCCCCCAGAAUUAAUUUUACCAAAAUUUUUAAAACAAAAUUAUGUUGUCACUAGAGAAGAACUCUAUGAAUCAGAAAAUACAAUGAAUCAUCUGGAUUCUAAUUUUGAUGUGCUUGAAAGUGACCACUGUGCUGAAUUGAAUAACUGCAGACUUAGAGUUAGCGAGAAAUAUCCAUUAAAUACACCUCCUAACACUGCUCGUAGUCGUAGCAAAGAAGAUGUUCGUGAUGGUACAGAGAGGAAGAAAAGAAAAUGUAUAUGUCAUAAAUGCAGAAGCCAUAGUGACACUAAUGUUUAUCACAAAACUAACGGCAAACGAAGAAAUGCGUUCAAAACAAAAUCAUCAAAAGAUUUGCCAUCCGAAAAUGGUUACGCUAUGCUAAAACAAUCACCAAAAAAAAUAAUAGCAAAUACACAUUCCAGUAACAAAGCAAACCAUAAAAUAAAUCCUAUCGUAAAAGAAUAUGUCAACAAACUUUUGGAUCUUAACAGUGAAGGACUUAAGGCUAUCAAAGUUAUUAACCAAGACUGUAGUGCAGUAGCCACCCCUUGCAGCUCCAUUAUUAAUUUGUCAUGUAAUAGAAACAAAGAUAAAUCUACUGUAGAGAGCAAAAUUUCCCUCGAGCAAAUUAAAAAUAUUCUUAAACAACAAAUCUUAAAUGAUGAUAUAAAAGCAAAACCGUCUGUCAUUAAAAUCAAUAGAAAUAGUGAUACUGAAAAAAUAUCAAUACCUACAAAGACGCAAAAUAGUUACAAAUUACUCAAACGGAAAUCAAUGCACAAAGUUAGAUCGUUAAAUAUUUCCAAACACAUAUUAAAGAAAAAGAAAUUAUCUGAUACUAACAUUUCAAAACGCCAAUCAAGAAAAACUGCUGCUUCUGUAUGUUUAUCAGCCCGUGAGGAAAAUAAAUUACCUCGCACAGAAAGACGAGGAAUUGUAAAUCGUAGUAAAAGUUCCUCGACUCCAAGAAAGUGCACUUACUCUGAAUAUAAAAAUAGUACUAGUUCAGAUAUUGUUGAAUCAUCAAAUGGUAAAAAAUGUAAUAGUUCUGGUAUAAAUCCUCAAGAAAUCAUGAAUAAUAAACCAGUUAAAAGCGCCAAGUGCGUCAAAUCACAACAAAAGAAAAAAUCUCAUUUACCAACUUAUAGAUCCACUAGGGCUUCUUUUUCGUCAGACUCUGGUACAUACGGAGCAGUCUUCCGGCAUUUACGUCCACCAGAACCACCAGUGCAUAUAUCAACUCAAACUAAUGGAAUCAUUGAUACUGAAAUACAUUUCAUGAAGGUAGCUGAAAACAAAUUGCAAAAUAUGGAGAAAAUUGCUGAUUUAACUGAAAAGUGCACUAAACGUUUAUCUAAUUUGGCUAAAGUUUUAGAAGAAGUCAGAAGAAAUAAGUCUUUAGUAUAUGGGCAGAUUUCUACAUCCGACUCUGCACCAGAGUCUGAACAAAAACCAGAGAAAAAUGAGAUGUCAACAGAAAUUUCUGGGCAUACAUCUGAACAUAAUAUUUUAACCCGAAGUACAGAAAACGUUCAUAACGUUCCUUCUUUAACUAUGCCAGAAAAACUAGAUGACCAAUUUGUUUAUGUAAAAGAUUCAACAGACUUCACGCCAUUUUUGAAAGAUAUCCCUAAACCGGACGUCUCAACAUCUCCCCCCUGUUAUGCUGGAUUGGAAAUAACCGAUAAAUCGACUAAUGCGCAUCAAGAAUCUGAAAAUACUAAAAGUAGAGGAAGACCACCUCCAGCAUUGUCUCGUAUCCAUUUAAAAGGUAAACAUGAUGUUAUCAAUAUUACUCCACACGAGUUGUCUACAGUUGUUGAAGUUGAUUCUCCUAUGAGCAUUAGACUAAAAAACCAACCUUCGCGACAAGACUCCAUGACAAGACUGGAAGUGUUGGAAAAAUCUGAUGAUGUAUUGAAUGACAACAAUAAAUGCGUGACGACAGUUAAUGGAACGACUGAUAAAAAACAUGUAGAUCCUGAUUUACUGAAAAGUAAUAUUAGUAAAACAAAACGUCUAUCCAAAGUAUCGUCAACAGAUUCUUCAGAUGAUUCUAAAUUGAAAAUGAUGAACAUGAAAACUUUUAAUGACAUUAUGUUAAAACCCUUUAUUAGCUUAAAGGAAUAUGCCAAACAAUGCAAUAUUGGAUUAGACGAAGGUUCAAAUCUAGAAGAUUUAUUAAAAGAUGACCCAAUAAAUGACGACUUAAGUUCUCUUCAUUCAGAUGGCAGCUUACCUGAUGUAAUUGCAGAAUUAUUGAAAAGAAAUGUGAUUAGUGAGCCUUUUAAAUUUGACACAGGGUCAAAUGUUAAUUCGACUGUGUCUUCAGAAUCAACUCUGUCAGUUUUAGCUUUAUCUAAAGCUAGAAAAGAAAAAAAGAAAUCUGGUAUGUUAUUGAAGAAUAAAGAAAAUAUAAUAGAGACUUCUGAAACAUUAAGUUUAUCUUCUAAUCCUGAUUUAGAAAACGCUUUUCAAAAACUUGGUAUGGGAUGGGCUUCAUCAACUUUAAAGAAAACUAAAGAGCGAUUAGCUUUAUCUUCCUCAUCUAAUACAUCUAGUUCUAGUAUGACAAAGUUUAAAAUUAAAAGUUUUAGCCAAGAUUUACCCAACCUGGCAAGUGACUCGACAUCAUCAUUCAUGGAAGUCUCAAAUAAACGUAAAAUGUCUUCACCUGGAAAAUAUAAUGUAGCAGAAAUUUCUAGGAACGCUGUUCAGCAGACAUCACUAACAAAUUCUAUGACUGUGAAAGAGUUUCUUACAAAUGAACUGGCUAAGAAAAUCACUUUUAAUAAUAAAUCAACCAGAAAGGGAGAAGAGGAAUUUAUAUCUUUAUAUGAGACCAAAAUGCCAGAGCAGAUGAAACAUACUAAUGUAGAGCUUGAAGAGGAAAACAGCAUCGCUAACCAAAACAGGGCCCGCACAUCAACCCCAGUCCAAAUAUUCAAAUCAAAUACAUAUCAUUCAACUUCUACUUCAAAUACUUCCAAUGGCUUUUUUAGUAAUGCCGACGAUUUAUCUUCUGUGAAAGUAACUUCCUCCAUACGCAACCAUUCCACGUCUGACAAGGAUGACUUAACCAUUCCGAAUUAUAGCCUCAAAACAAAAAAAGGGCAGUCUGAUUGUAGCAAAAGUGAAUGAAUUAGUUUAAUUAAAUUUUGUUUUAUUUAUGUAUUUUUUUAUGAAUUUUAUAAUGGCAUGUUACUUAAAAAUGAAUUAUUAUUGUUUUUUUCUAUUUGUAGAUAUAUUAUGAAUAAAUUGAUGUGGUUUAAAAAUA